AUUUUGUUUUACUUCUACUUUCAUUUUUGCUUUGACCCCAAAACUGUCACAGAGCCUGUCUAAUGCAAUAUAAUAUUUCAGUAAUUUUGUAUAUAGAAAGCUAAAGAUAUACAAGGCGCGUAGGUCUUUACCUGUAUAGCUACCCAAGUGCCAAGUAAAAUGCACUGUCACAACUAGCAUAGAAACUCAACUGAAAAUGAAUAAAGCCUCUCGACUCGUUCAAGUUGUAAAUCUGGGUCGCAUGGGAUUUAAGGAGGCAGAAAUAGUCCAGAAUAAGUACAAACAGAAUCAUAUUGACUCCCUACAUGGUAAAACACCAUCGGCGAGUGACACUCUUUUGUUAGUUGAACAUGACCCUGUGUACACAGUUGGGAUCCGCAGCAAGAAUUAUGAAGAAGAAACUGAAAAAAAACUGCUAGCGACUGGAGCUGACUUUGUCCGUACAGAUAGAGGAGGCCUUAUUACAUAUCAUGGCCCAGGACAAUUAGUCGCAUACCCGAUCAUCAAUUUGAAACAUUUCAAGUCAAGCAUGAAGUGGUACGUGUGUGCCUUGGAGAAAACCAUGAUUGAUAUGUGUAGGAGGUUUGGUUUGAUGGCAAAUGCUGACCAAGAGACUGGAGUGUGGAUAGAGGACAGAAAAAUUGGAGCCAUAGGAAUUCAUGGGAGUCGCUUUAUAACAACUCAUGGAAUAUCCCUAAACUGCAACACAGAUCUUGACUGGUAUAAACACAUCGUACCAUGUGGAAUAGAGGACAAAGGAGUUACUUCCCUUACUGAGGAACUGGAAGAAGAGGUCAAAGUUCAAGAUGCAAUUUGGCCAUUUAUAGAAAGUUUUAAGAAGCAGUUUGAUUGUGACCUAUCUUUUGAACAUCUUUCUAAUCAAGAUCUUUCAAUUUUAAAGGAGAGUGAAUUAAAAACCAUACAAAUGAGAAUAAAAUCUGCAUUUAAACAAAAAAUAAACAAUGCUAGCUACAUUUAGUGUGCUUU